AUGCCCAGUCUAACAAAGGCCAACCUGAGCUACUCUACGUUCCUGCUGACGGGCUUCCCAGGCUUGGAGUGGGCUCACCACUGGAUAUCACUGCCUAUUUUUGUAGGAUACCUCGUGGCCCUCCUGGGCAAUGUCACCAUCUUGCAUCUUGUACGCACAGAUCCCUCCCUCCACCAGCCCAUGUACUACUUCCUAGCUAUCCUGGCUGUGACAGACCUGGGCCUGUGCAUGUCCACGCUGCCCUCAGUGCUGGGUGUGCUGUGGUUUGACGCCCGGGCUGUGGGCCUGGUGCCCUGUGUUCUGCAGCAGCACUUCCUCCACUCCUUCUCCUUCAUGGAGUCAGCUGUGCUCUUCGCAAUGGCUCUGGACCGCCUGGUGGCCAUCCGAUUCCCCCUGCGCUACGCAUCUGUGCUCACUGGUCCUCGCGUGGCCCUGGCUGGGCUGGCACUGGCCAUGCGGAGUGCUGCCAUCACCGCAGCACCUUCACUGCACCUGCUGAAAUUUGACUACUGCCGUCCGGGGGCACUUUCCCACGCCUACUGUCUCCACCAGGACAUGAUCCGCCUGGCCUGCUCAGACACGCACUUCAACAGGCUCUACGGGCUGUGCAUCAUCAUGCUGGCCAUGGGCUCUGACGUCCUCUUCAUCCUGCUGUCCUACAUCGUCAUCCUCCGCACCGUGCUGGCUAUUGCCUCUGCCGGCGAGCGUCUCAAGGCCCUCAACACCUGCGUCUCCCACAUCCUGGCUGUGCUCUGCUUCUACGUGCCGAUGCUAGGCCUGUCCAUUGUGCACAGGUUCGGGCAUCACACGUCGCCCCUGGUGCACAUUCUCAUGGGCACUGUGUCUGUGCUUUUGCCACCCCUGAUGAACCCUGUCAUCUAUAGCAUCAAGACCCGUCAGAUCCGCAGGGCCAUUGUCAAGGUGAUCUCGCUGGGGAGGAUACGGUGA